UGGGCUUUGGGAGUUCUUCUUCGGUGGUUGUGCUUGCUUACUGGAUGGUUGAACAUGCCGUGGAUAAGUGUGUUUGGAAUAUAAACUGAAGAACUUCGUGACGAACGAAGAAGCAAAACAGCAAUGUUGGUUUUUCGGUGAACAGGUUUUUAUUCGCAUACUUCGGCUGCAGAUGGUGUCUCUCGGACGAGCGGAAUCAGUUUGUUUUGGUGUCGUUUUUUAAUAUCGCGAAUGCGCGAAUGGAAUUUAUGAAGGAAAAUGUUUAUGAUUUCUUACCGGUAACAGUGGGCGACCAUUUUGGGCAAACAAGUUGUUGGUUUAUGUAAGGUAGCUUCAAAUUAGUAAAUUCGGCAGACAGUUGGAGAGGUAAAAACGUCGAACCGACCGGUCCAGAGUUUGAAACCACCCGUGGCGGCCCUUCGGCUGCUCCUUGCCGGGUAGAAAACUGUUCAUCUUCUGCUGCCGUGGUGGUGAAAUUUGAACACUACCACCCCCUUACGUACGGUACCGUACCCCAGUAAUCGUAGUUACACCGAACAGCAGAGAAGACAGAAGAAACAACACAAGUGAAAAUAAAUUAACGAACCGAACGGUUGGCUGCAGCUCUGUUUACCCUCUUUCACCCGGUCGAUUUUCCUUUCGUUUACAUCUGUUUUCGCAAAAAAAAAACGAGUGCAUGUUCGAAGGCUGCUGGCGAGGAUCUUGACCAACGAGACGUCCGUCGCCGGCUCGGGGGUGUUGGUGUGUAAGAAAGAAAGAAGCAAACCGAACCGAAAAAAAUGACAGUGGAAAUGUGGAAAUUUUGCCUUCGAGUCUCCGGCGAUCACCCCAACCGUCGGCCGUUCGGGGCUCCGUCGUAGAUUGGCGUGAUGCCAUCGACAGCGCCAGUGCCAGCGCCAGCAGCGAGCGGAGAGAAGAUGCGUUGAAUGUGAUAACACUUGUUCGGCAUCCGACCGGUGAAACUUUACGUGCAUUCCGUGGCGGUGAAGACGCAAGUGCCCGUGUGAGGAAAAAUCUCCGCGCGGAUAAUUGAUCGAAUUGUUUGUGGAAAUUUACGCGUAAAGUGAGUGAUCGAUUGUUGUUGGACGGUGGAAUCGAAAAAGAAAACGGUUGAUUGUAAACGAAAUACACCUAUUGGCAGCACAAUCCGAGUUGAAAGGAAAAUUUAAACGAAUGUCUAAUUUUGAUUUCAUUUUAAUCGAUUAUUAAAAGGGCGAAUUCUACGUUUGAUCGAGUGAUUGUUUGUGCACCAACAAGUGACGAACCUACACCGUAGUGAUUGGUGAAUUGGUGCGUGCUGGAAAGUGAAGCCACGGCUGCGAGCCGUGGGAACGCGUGAGGUAGUGCGCGGUUGUGGAAUCGAACUGAGCUGCAACGUGUGGAUUACCCGGGUAUCAAUGACCAGCACAGCGUGCCAGUAGCAGCAGGGAAAGGUGCCGCCGAGGAAAGCCGAGGAGCAAUUGAAAUGUGUGUUGAAUGCAGAAGUCCUGGCUUAGUAGACUGACUCAACCCGUGGCAACCCGGUAGCAACCAUGAACUCUCGGAAGACAGACGGUUUGAUCGAUCAGCGGCAUGCGAUGAACCUUUCAGGGUUGAAUAUGGCGGGCUCGAAAGAGAUGCCGGUUGGAUAGUGCAUUCGGUUUGGUUCGAUUCGAUAGUUUGUUUUCGAUUGAUUUUUGUUUAUUUUGGCCAAUAGUGUGAGGUGCAAAAAUGUAGACGUCAAGCGGUCGAGUGAGUUUUGCUUUUCGCUUUUUCGUUUUGUUUUUAUUCGUUUGUUUUCGCGAAAAAAAGAGACAAACGCGGGCCACGCUAAUUGAAGACCCCAGUGAUUUGCGGCGAAUUUAUUUUUCGAGUGAAUACGUGCAUAUGUGUGACGAUGGGUCGUACACGGAUGAGCAUCGUGUUGCUGGUGGUGAUCAUCGCGUGUAAACUUGGCGAUCCGGCGCGGUCCAACGGAAGUGAUGGUAGUGAACCGGCGGCGAAACCUGUGCCACCGGAAUCGACCACUGCCGGAAGUGAACGUAGAGGGGUAGCUUCUGCGAUGUUAUUCACCCAACCGCGUCAACGUGAAGUGCGAAAUGGUGCCUCGGAAACAUCCGGAACCGCCAACCGUGGGUUGUUCAUAAAUGAUGCUGCUGCGAUGGCAGCAGUGAAGGCAAGUGUGGCGAUGCCAACGACAACUACAACGACGACGACGACAACAACGGCAACGACUCCAUCUGCUUCGGUUUCGUCGCAGUUGGACAGCCGAUCUUCAGUGCCGGCUGCCACCGACAAUCUAAACGAUACUUCUACGACAACGCCGGCGACCUUCACUCCAUCAAAGCGGCGUUCGGUUAAUAGGGACAAUAAGCUGAUGUCGGUUCUGCAAGCCCGUCGGACGGCCCUAUCAAGAGAUCGUUGGCAGAAGGAAUACGUUCCGUCAUCGGUACUCAAGCUUCAUCGACACAGUAAUCCAGCCGUGAAUCUGGUGGAAGACAGCAGCACUCCGGAGUCGAAUCUUAUCAUUCCUCCCGGUGCUCGACCGGAAGAAUUUCUCGACACUGACGAAUCCAUCCACGGAAUGUACGUGGUUAAUCCUCGAAACGGGAAGGUUGCUGCACCGCCUCAGAUAAAACUUGCCAAAGAGACCAGUAACUUGGUAGCGCAACAUAACAAUAAGAGCGUCGAAAGUACAAAGUUGACUUCGGCAAAGCAGAUACUGGCGAGAGGUUCGUACUAUGAACCACGAACGAAGCGGACAAGAGAUCGAAAGACCGUAUCGACGACCACGGAACGGUCCGUGGAGGAUGGCGAUCUCAUUCCUUACCAGUUUUUCGGACAGAAGUUGAUUCCAACCAGUCGGAAUGCCGAUUCUCGCAAUCAGGUGCUCAACCCGAAAGGAACGAGACUCACCAAACUGAAAGAUGAUUCGCAGGAGAUUUUGGAGGUUUCGGCACCGAAAACUUCCACCGAAAAGAACAAGUUCUGGCAAAAUCGAUUGGCCUAUCAAAGUAGGAAUAUUGUAGCAUUCAAUAACUAUUUAAGACGGAAUGGAAAGGAUGGACUGCAUGCAGUAACUCCGGUGCAGACAUCGUCUACGACGACAGCUUCUAGCAUUAGUUCCAUACAUGCAGAUUCACUAACAAACUCAAUGAUUGCAUUGAGUAAUUUGUCGGAAGGAUCUGUUGAUUCGAAGCAGGUCUUCUCCAGGAGUGCAAACUUUUCUUCUUUGAACAAGACUGAAAUAAUGGUGCAAAGUUCGACGGUGACUGCUGGCAAUGUGGAAGAGUCAACAACCGCGACAACAUCCACCACAGUUGCUUCGACACAAAAUAUACCGGCAAAUCAUAAACCGGAUGACGAGCUUCCGGCUUUGUUUAGUCCCACGGGUCAGGCAGCGAUCUCAAAACUGAUCAUCAACUAUCCGGAUGACGCUACCCCGGAAGAUUUGUACCACCCCAACAGCUAUCAAUCUGUUCCCGAGCACGUUUCGACAAUUACGACUUCGCAGCCCGAACAAGUUUCGGAGACGACUCAGAUCAAUAUGGAAGAUUUUGAAAACCGCAGGAACAUGGUAUCCAUCCCAGAUAUAAAUCACAUCUUUCAGAAUCUCUCAACAAGCCCAACUACGACGACAACGACGGAGAUGCCAAUCCCCGUGAAACGGAUGUCGCCGGUUGAAACCAAAGUUGAACUGGCGGAUUCAAGCACUGAAAUCUACGUACCUGUAAUGACUACAACUACAACCAGUACUGAACUGACUAAAGAGAUCACGACAACCCAACCGCCCGAAUCAUCUAGCACGACAAGUACACCGGAGUCAACGACUCCGGCUACCUCCACUACAACAGUUCCAGCACCUGCUCCAUUUUCGCGACCAUCUACAACUCUUCCAUCCACAACGACUACAACUUCCACCACAACGUCAACAUCGACAACCACCGUUCCAACCACCAAAGUCGAAAUCACCACCCAACCCGAAGCGGACACGGAUCCGCCCUACAAAACGGACGAACGCUUCCGCACACUCCAACAACCAUCAAACGCCACCCAGUUCAAUCCGAUCCUGCCGCACAUCCUACCGAAACUGACGCGCGAUCCAAUCCCCCAGUCCCGGGUGCCCACCAUCGUCGAUUACAACACCCCUCCGGCUGGCGUGGACAACCGAGGCGGUACCACCGCCACCAAGAAACCGGCGAUCGCUUUCGAGGGUGUCCUGCUGCAGCACAACAGCGAUGUGGUGAUCGAAAUGCGCAAAAUGAACACCGCUACGUUUAUCCUUGCCGGACUGGGUAUGCUACCGAUCGUGAUCAUCAUCCUGUACGUGAUCAAGGCAGCGGUCUGCAAACGCGAACAUAAAGUUUCGCACGAUCUCGAGCGGUACAUCUCGGAUGGGCAACCGCCGAUCAGUCCCGUGGUACGGCUCGAGCAGUCCGAUACUUCGAGCGUAGCGGAUGAGUCAAUUAUUACGGAUCGGGACUUCAACCGGAAGAAUUUACGGUUUAAAAGUUUGCUUGGCGAGGGAAACUUCGGUCAGGUUUGGAAGGCCGAAGCGGAUGAUCUGGCUGGGCACUUUGGGACUACGCGGAUUGUGGCGGUUAAAACCGAGCGUAGUGAUAAUGGUCACGGUGAUCUGAAAGCGGAAGCGGAAAUUAUGCGAAAACUUGGAUCGCAUCCGAAUGUGGUAACACUUUUGGGGGUUUGCUUGGAGCAAGAACCGCAAUUGCUGAUCAUGGAGUACGCCAUGAGGGGUCGAUUGCUGUCUCUGCUGCGGGCGGCUCGGGGUGCUGUUAACGGACUGGCCCCGUCGGUGCAUGGAAAUCGUCCACCGAUAAUGCCACUGUCACCGAGGCGACUGACCGGCUUUGCGCACGACAUUGCCCGCGGGAUGGAGUAUAUUUCGGAAAAGAAGAUCGUCCAUCGCGACCUGGCCGCUCGAAACGUACUGCUGGAUCACAAUGGGAUCUGUAAGAUCUGCGAUUUCGGGAUGUCGAUCGAUCUGGAAAAGAUGAAGUCGUCGCAGGCACACAUCCGGAUUCCGCGGGCGCACCACAGCGAGUCGCGGUUCAAGUUCGACCUGAGUGCUCGAUCGUUCGGCAUCGGACGGCAUCACAGCCACGGCGGUCACGAGGGCUUUGGAAGGCACGGUCACGGGCGGGGACACGACAGCAAGAGUCGGCCGGCGCUGCCGAUACGAUGGAUGGCACCGGAAGCGCUGCAGUAUCACAUUUUCUCCCGCGAAACCGAUGUCUGGGCAUUUGGUAUUGUUCUGUGGGAAAUUACUACCCUAGGGUGCACCCCAUACCCGAACCUCUCGGGGCGGGAGGUGGUGCGAAGUGUACCGAAUGGAAUCAGGCCAGAUAUCCCGCCGGACUGCCGUCCGGAGUUGUACGAUCUGAUGCAUCGAACCUGGCGGAAGGAUCCUCGCCAGAGACCGACCUUUUCGGAGGCGCGGACUUCCCUCGCGAGGACCCUCUGCCAGUGGCAGCUGGAGGAAACGGACACAUCCAACACGUCCGAGUAUCUGGACGUCAGUGGAUUCAGCGAAGACCUGGAGCAAGGGAUGGUCUACUUCAACCGAAGAAUUUCGGAGUUUGAGUGUGAAAUUUAGAGUUAUUGCUUUAGCUUCCUUCUCCACCCCUCUGCGUUCGUCCGACAUUCUGUGUGAAUGCACCGCCCAACAUUAAUGUACAGUUACAGCAGUAUUACCCAAGUCUUUCGCCUUUCCUUCACAUUUUAUAUUAAUGUUAAUUUAUUCCCGCAACGCGAGCCUCCGAUUUCAAUCUGCUAGAAAUUGUGUUUGUUUUGUGUCAAACCUUUAACUAAGCUUAAGUUUUCCAGGCGAAAACCUAACUGAUUUUGUUUCGACGCUUUUGUAAAUAGACAUAUUCCUAUUUUUUUGCCUUCCCGAAACAACUGUGUGAAAGCUUAGAAAAAUCACCAUCCAGCAUAGGAAGCAUUGUAUGUAUGUAGCAGAACACUUUCGUAAUAGCAGAUUUUGUUCCGGCUUCGGCCGCCCCCCGCGGCACGGCCGUUAGUCGGAUUGUGAAUAGUGCACUUUUUCGUUUAUCACAAAGUGCAAUUAUGGCUUUUCUUCAUCCAACAAAUCAGCAUAGAAUUGCUUUGCCCGUUAGCGUUAGCGUCCGUUUAUACGCGAACAAGCGUGACGGAGAUCCAGUAAUCGUUACUCACAUCAUCACACAUUCCCACGUAUCAUGGAUAGAUAGAUUCAUUACGAACAUUUCAUCACGCAAUUUGUACAUUUAAAAUCAUACAGCUACUCCGUAGCUUAAGGCAUCCUUCACUAAUAAAACGAGUUGAUUUUAUUAUUAUUUUUAUAGGUAUUUUUGUUUUGUUGACUAGAGACAAGAGACGACAGGGAAGAAGUAUGUUUCACCCUGAAUAAAACGGUAUGAG